AUGGUGAACGUUCCUAAGACCAAGAAGACUUACUGCAAGAGCAAGGAGUGCAAGAAGCACACCCUUCACAAGGUGACUCAAUACAAGAAGGGAAAGGAUAGUCUUGCCGCCCAGGGUAAGCGUCGUUAUGACAGGAAACAAUCCGGUUACGGAGGUCAGACCAAGCCAGUCUUUCACAAGAAGGCCAAAACCACCAAGAAGAUUGUGCUUAGGCUUCAGUGCCAAGGUUGCAAGCAUGUCUCUCAGCACGCAAUCAAGCGUUGCAAGCAUUUCGAGAUAGGUGGAGACAAGAAGGGAAAGGGAACUUCUCUGUUUUAGAUUUGUGUCACUGUGUCAUUUUUGUUUUUAUGGAUGUUGAAAUAGAGUUAUGGGGAUAUUUGUUAACCUAGACAUAUGUUGUCAUGUUAAACAUCGAUUUUGUUUGUUGAACUUUUGUCAAUGUUAUUCUUCUUAAGGUUCCUAUUA